AUGCGACUUCGUCUGGUUGCUGACGGAGAUGUCCGAACUCGAGAACUUCCGGGACGGCGCUGGCUUCGGCCAGCCCUCUCGUCCCGCGCUGCGGCCUCUCCGAAAUGCUGCGAGUUUGAUGAUGUUCACCGCGAGCGUGGUGCUCAUGUCGCUGCUCGCCCUCUUGUCCAACCUGGUUCGGACCUGGCUGGUUGCGUUCUGCACUCCGUCGCGAAAAAAUCGUGUGCCGCCGAGGUACCAAGAACGUUCGGCGUCUUUACGCAGAUCGUGCAGGUUAUCAUCUUCGUGGAGGCACUGGCCAACUUGGGAGAGGCUGCCUUCGUGAUGAAGCCCCGCAGGGGCCUGCCACCGCCGUACAAGCUGACGGGGAUUCUGUUGUUUGACCACAUCCUCCUCAUGAGUGUUGCCGACAGCCAGAAGGUCAUCGAGGAGUGCAGUGCCCAAGCGGUGGAGAUCGUCCAGUGGUGGAGCCUGUGCUCGGCAGAGGGUGGGGGGGGAACCUAG